AGAAUCUUCCAUCUGCUGGUUCACUCCCCAAAUGGCCGCAACAUCCAGGGCUGGUCCAGACUGAAGCCAGCAGCCAGGAGCUUCUUCCAGGUCUCCCAUGUGGGUGCAGGGACCCAAGCACUUAAGUCAUCUGCUGUUUUCCCAGCAAAUGGUUAUGAGCCUUAGAGUUUCUGAGCUCCAAGUACUGUUGGGCUACGCUGGGAGAAACAAGCACGGACGCAAACACGAACUUCUUACAAAAGCCCUGCAUUUGCUAAAGGCUGGCUGUAGUCCUGCCGUACAAAUGAAAAUUAAAGAACUCUACAGGCGGCGGUUCCCCCAGAAAAUCAUGACGCCUGCGGACUUAUCCAUCCCAAACGUACAUUCAAGUCCUAUGCCAGCAACUUUGUCUCCAUCUACCAUUCCACAGCUCACUUACGAUGGUCACCCUGCAUCAUCACCAUUACUCCCUGUUUCUCUUCUGGGACCUAAACACGAACUGGAACUCCCACAUCUUACAUCAGCUCUUCACCCAGUCCAUCCGGAUAUAAAACUUCAAAAAUUACCAUUUUAUGAUUUACUGGAUGAACUGAUAAAACCCACCAGUCUAGCAUCAGACAACAGUCAGCGCUUUCGAGAAACCUGUUUUGCAUUUGCAUUGACACCACAACAAGUGCAACAGAUCAGUAGUUCCAUGGAUAUUUCUGGGACCAAAUGUGACUUCACAGUGCAGGUCCAGUUAAGGUUUUGUUUAUCAGAAACCAGUUGUCCACAGGAGGAUCACUUCCCACCUAAUCUUUGUGUGAAAGUGAAUACAAAACCUUGUAGCCUUCCAGGUUACCUUCCACCUACUAAAAAUGGCGUGGAACCAAAGCGACCCAGCCGACCAAUUAACAUAACUUCACUUGUCCGGUUGUCCACAACAGUACCAAACACCAUUGUUGUCUCUUGGACUGCAGAAAUUGGAAGAACCUAUUCCAUGGCAGUAUAUCUUGUAAAACAGUUGUCCUCAACAGUUCUUCUUCAGAGGUUACGAGCAAAGGGAAUAAGGAAUCCGGAUCAUUCUAGAGCUUUAAUAAAAGAGAAAUUGACUGCAGAUCCAGACAGUGAAAUAGCCACAACCAGCCUAAGGGUUUCUCUACUAUGUCCACUCGGUAAGAUGCGGCUGACGAUUCCGUGCCGGGCCCUUACCUGCUCCCAUCUGCAGUGCUUUGAUGCAACUCUGUAUAUUCAGAUGAAUGAGAAAAAACCAACCUGGGUUUGUCCUGUGUGUGAUAAGAAGGCUCCGUAUGAACACCUUAUUAUAGAUGGCUUAUUUAUGGAAAUCCUAAAAUACUGUACAGACUGUGAUGAAAUACAAUUUAAGGAGGAUGGCUCUUGGGCACCCAUGAGAUCCAAAAAGGAAGUACAGGAAGUUCCUGCCUCUUACAACGGAGUUGAUGGAUGCCUGAGCUCCACGUUGGAGCAUCAGGUGACUUCCCACCACUCGUCCUCAAACAAAAACAAGAAAGUCGAGGUGAUUGAUCUGACCAUUGACAGCUCAUCUGAUGAGGAGGAGGAAGAGCCAUCUGCCAAGAGGACCUGCCCUUCCCUGUCCCCCACGUCACCACUAAAUACUAAAGGCAUUUUAAGUCUUCCACAUCAAGCAUCUCCAGUAUCUCGCACCCCCAGCCUUCCUGCUGUAGACACAAGCUACAUCAACACGUCCCUCAUCCAAGACUACAGGCAUCCUUUCCACAUGACACCCAUGCCUUAUGACCUGCAAGGAUUAGAUUUCUUCCCUUUCUUAUCAGGAGACAAUCAGCAUUACAACACCUCGCUGCUGGCCGCCGCCGCCGCCGCCGUCUCGGACGAUCAGGACCUCCUGCACUCCUCGCGGUUUUUCCCGUAUACCUCCUCGCAGAUGUUUCUCGAUCAGCUGAGUGCAGGAGGCAGCACCUCGUUGCCGACCACCAACGGGAGCAGCAGUGGCAGUAACAGCAGCCUCGUGUCCUCCAACAGCUUGCGGGAGAGCCACAGCCACCCGGUGGCCAGCAGGAGUGGCACGGACACGGCGUCCAUCUUCGGCAUCAUCCCAGACAUAAUCUCCUUGGACUGAGCCCCCGGCCCAGAGUCAGUGAACUCGGCAGAAAGAAGAGAACUUUGUGCUGUUUUACCUUAUUCUGUUUAGAAAAGUACACAAGCGUGUUUUUUUCCUUUUUUUAGGGAAAAAAUUAAAAGAAAUGUACAGAGAACAAAACUAUAUUUUCAGUUUUACUUUUGUAUAUAAAUCUAAGACUGCCUGUCUGAUAAAACACUUAUAAAAAAAAAAAGAAAGAAAAGAAAAAAGAAAAAUCAAGCACCCACAAACCACCUUCAGUUCAUUUUUUCCUGGAUUCUGAAGAUUUUUCAUCAGUUGUCCUCUGGUUUUGGUUUUAUUUUACUUCAAUGGCAUUAUUUUAUUUGCAAUAACAGAAAAGGAAUUGCAUGUAUGAAGUUUUAAAUUGUGGGCUUUGUUGUGGGGAGGGGUUGGGGGGAUGGUUUGGUUUCCUUUUUCUAAAUACGACAGACUUGGGCUCUGUCUGCGUGUGUGUGUGCAUAUUCUAUCCAGCCUUAAGUUAUCAGUUUCCUCUGUCCCAUUGCAUUCCUGCAUUUCCAGGACAUAGCUCGUGCGUGCGUGCGUGCGUCUGUGUGGGUGUUUUUCUGUCGUUGCUGUUCCCUCUCCUCCCAAGUUUGCAUUCAGUUCACACAUCCGUUGCCUGCUUCUUUCAAACUGCUUUGAGGGUCUUGAACUCACACGUGAGCCCUUUUCUCAACCACCCCAGUUGCAUGUUCUCUCCGUCACGUGUUCUCCCACUGGCCCCAUGUCCCCUGGGAAUGUGCCUUAGGGCUGAUGGAGGAAAGGGCUUGGCAGACCUGGAGUAAUGCGCACCCGUCUAGUCCUUGAUUCUCGGCCCGGAUCGCCAGCGUUGCGUGUCUACACCCAGCCUGUGACUACCUGCGUGUUUGGCCACGGGGUAGCAAGUUUUCACGGAAGAUCGCUCAUGCCAAAGGAGGGGGGAAAAGUGCUUAGGAAGCCCUGCUGGGUGUCCAGUGCAGCGGACGGAGGUAAGGUGAUGCCGCCUCAGGAGGAGAGAGAAGGCCGUUGUCCUGAAGGGGCGUUCUCUUUGGAAAACGCAGUGCCGCACGUCCAUCUGUAGGAAUGUGAGCAGUGAUGAGCAGUGAAAUUCAACGUGGACUUGGUCCACUUCGUUUCCACUCUGGCUCUGAGUGUUCUUACUCUCUUAGCCUGUCUGCCGUGGUCAUGUUUUCUUCACCUUCUCAUGACAACCAUGAACGGGAAAGAGAAAAAAAUUUUUAAAAUGCAUGGGUUAGUCUGAUCUGCUCUUACUCAUGGGACGUGUAAAUGUUGAAAACUGCUCUCCGGACGGGGAGGAGGAGAGGCGGUGUCACCUGUGCUCCGGAAGCCUCGUCAGAGAAAACAUUCUGUUCUCAGGUGUGGACACUGUCUGAGCUGAUGGACAGUGCAGGGGUAGGUAACAAAAAGUCACAGAAGGGGUGUGGUGAUGGCCAGUCCCAACUGGUAACGUUCUCGGAGCUGAUGAAGGACCACCUUUGCGUGUCCACUGGUCCUGUUGGAUCUUGCAUUGGUGACAAAGUGACAUGUUUUAACCCAGGUGGCGUUCAAGCUGGCUGUAUCUUCAGUUGUGUGACAGAAGUGAUGGUUCUCAUGACUGUGUGGCGUCUAAAAAGAACAUGUUUUUACAGCAUCUCUGCUACUAAAUUGUUGACUUGAAUUUUGAAAAAAACAGUUGGUGUUGCUAUGUAUAUGUGUGUGUGUGUAUAUAUGUAUUUAUAAACAGGCGUGUGUGAGUAACAAGUGAGUUACAUAGUCUUCCCCUGGGCGUGUGGACUCCACACAGAAACGGCUGGCUGUAGUCAGGAAACAACUUGUAACUUUGGAAAAGCAGAUUGGUUGUCAGUUAACACAGGAGAUAGUUUUUAAAUGAAUCUGGUGUUACAGUGAGUCCACACUAAACUCUCAUUACCAUAUUGAUCGAAGCUAAUUUCUAAUAUUACAUUUUUGUGUCUGAAUUUGUAUUGGGGUUUCAGUUUCGGAUUUUACAUUGCAAUAGGAGACAGACUUCUGGUAAUUCAGCUCCCUCAGGUAAAAUCCUGAAUAAUUUUCUUUGCUCAUUUUUCCUUUCUGUCGGUGGUGGUCUCAGAAUUCUGAUCAGUAGCUUCGUAUAGGAUGCUGAGUUAGGAGCUCUUUGAGUGAUUCACUCGGAGACCCACCCUCUGCUUUCUUCAGCCCCAUGGUGUUUGUUGUGGAAGACGGAGGGCUGUGUCCCUCAGUGGCCUGCAUUGCGCCGCCCUAGGGAAGACAGGUGACAGGGAGAAGUCAGUGUCCAGUGGCGUUCGUCCUGAUCUCGUUCCGUGUCUGACUUUUUAGUUCAUUCCACUCUGUGAGGAGUUUGUUUCCUUCCGUCGGUGACUUUCCACAGUGUUGCGCUGGGUCGUGGCGGUCACUCGCUCCCUAGUGUCCUGCUCCCCGGGAGUCAGGGCCCUGGCCUGGGCUGUCACCAGCAGCACCCAGUCUGGCCUGCUCUGUCUCUGUGUCUUCAGUGAGAGCCCCUCGCCCCUUCCUCUCUUCCUCGCUCAGCUCUCCCUCGCUCCCCAGCCCGCCCCGAUGGUGACAGUGAGUGCCAGAAGAGUGGGGGCACCUGUGCCACCCCCUCGCUCUGGCCGCCCGCGAGGGGUGUGCGCGUGUCUGUGUCUCCGUACAGUGCUGUCUGUCUGCACGCGUGUGUAUCGGACGCUGUGCACACGUCUUUGAUGAGACCGCUGUUGGGCUAGCAGCGUUGAAGUGGCUUUUCUUUACUUUGUGGGCAUUAUUGGACACAUCUAUUAAAAACAGUCUGCACCGAAACCACGCCACACGUGGUGACUGAGUAUUUGGAGCAUGGAAUUUUUUUCCUGUCAUUUAGACAUUAUCACAACUCUGUAUCAUUACUGACUUAAGAUUCACUUAAGCUUCAGAAAAAUGUGAUUUCCUGGCAUAUUUUCCUUUGAGCCAAGUGUCUGAAAUCUGAAUGAGAAAAUGGAUCCCAGCUGUGUACAUUUUAAAAUGCGGAAAGAACAUUACUUUUAGGACAAUUUGAAUUUUAAGUCCAUAAAACUCUCAAAGAUCUUCAGGACUCUUUAAAGCACAUUUGAAAUUAUUUUAGUAAGAAUGUUUGUUUUAUUAAUACAUGUUGGAUUCUGGUUUUUAGUUGAACACAAAGCUUAGGUUUCAGAGAGCAGGAGGGAGACUAGCUGGUGGCCCAGAGAGUGCUGCUGAUAAUGGUUUAAUUAACAAAGGGGAAAAUGUAUAUAAACAGAUAUAAAGCUACCAUAAAUUCCAUGAACUUCAAUCUGUGAUUCAUUGCCUUAAACUUUCUCUCUUAGAAUUUCCAUACCGCAUGCCAAACCAGUAAAACGGCUUUUAAAACAUGUAUAGUAGACCAAUGUCAGUUUGUAUAAAAGUACCAAGUGAAAAUAUUUAUUACAUGCAUUGGAAAGAAAUUGUUUACCUAUUGAAUGUUACCUGUUUAUGUAGAGCUCUUUAGAUGUAAUAAAAGAAAA